CGCAUAUACCACGUUCUUUUUCUUCCUUCUUCAUCUUAAUUUGUGCUUCAAAUUCUUGUAGCUGCUUCUUCGCUCAGAAUGGCCAUGUCUUCCUCCACCGUUUCCCUUCCCAGCUAUCCAGAUUCAGAUUAUGCAGAGAUUUUUGUCGUGCGUCAUGGUAAAACAGCAUGGAAUUCUGAAGGAAGAGUUCAGGGACAAGUGGAUAUUGAAUUAAGUGAAUCUGGAAGAAAACAAGUAGUUGCAGUUGUGAAGGAUUUGGACCUACGGGAAAGACACAUGGGGGAUCUUCAAGGCCUUCGUUAUCGUGAAUUAUCAAAGACUAAUCCCAUAGCUUAUGAGGCUUUGGUGUCAAAGGAUGAUGAGCGAGAACUCCCUGGUGGUGGAGAAAGUUUUGUUCAACUGUUUGAACGCUGCAAAUCUGCAUUGCUCAGAAUUGGAAGAAAACAUAAAGGGAAACGAGUUGUGGUUGUGACUCAUGGUGCAUGCAUCGAAACACUGUACAAGUGGUCGAAUGCAAAAGGAAGCUAUGCAGGGAAAAUAGACAAUACAUCAGUCGCUGUUUUUGAGUUGUAUGGUGAGGAUAAUUGGACUUUAAAAAUGUGGGGUGAUGUUAGCCAUCUCACUCAAAAGGCUCACACAACUUCUGUUUAGGUUGUAACGAUUCAGAGCAACUCAUGCAGUUUUGCUACAUGUGGUGGGCCCAACUGUGUAGCAAGUU